CAAUCAUACAAACAUGUCUCGACUUGCUAUCCUCGUGUUGUGCGCCCAGGCUUGCCUGAUCCAGACUGUUCUGUGCAACCCGUGCGGUUGCGGUACCUCUUACGCGCCCGCGCAGCGCGUGGAAGUCAUCGAGCAAUACAGCGUCAGUGCUCCAAGCUGCGGAUGUAAAUCAUACAACGCGCCCAGUGUGAGCUACAGUGCCCCUAGUGUGAGCUACAGUGCCCCUAGUAUCAGCUACAGUGCCCCUAGCAUCACCGUGGGUUCGUCUCGCAACAGCCUUUCAUCUAGAUCCGGUUUGUCUAGUGCCAGCGGUGUCGGUUCGUCGUACGGCGGCGCGGGUACGGGAGUAGUGAGCGCUGAGGGCAUCAUCGGCGCGUCCGGCACGACGGCCGUCGCCGGAUCCGUGCCGGUGCUCGGAUCCGUGACGUUCUGUGGCUCUGUGCCCGCGUGCGGAUCCGUGUCCAUCCAGGGACAGUGUGGAUGCGGAUGCAACUGAUACAAGUCUUUACGGGUGGUGGAAUCAACUGAUUUUAUUUUAAAAACGCGAGUCAGUGUCAUUUGAUUGAUGAAUUAAUAAAUUUAAUUGCAAGCAGUA